GGUGUUGAAAGGCCAUUGUGAUUUUAGGGAAUUCCCAAAAAAUAACAUUGGACAGCCCUUUCCCCUCCCUGCAGUGAAAUGGGAGGGUGCAUUGGGGCUCACAGGGACAAUGGUCCCCCUUCUGGUGAAUCAUCUGAUAUGACAGGUAUGAUACAACAUGUUUCCAUUGGUAGAAACCAGCCACUUAAGCCAGAAAAACCAAAAUGGAAAAGCGAUGUUCCAUUAACAGAAGGUCAACUUCGCAGCAAAAGAGAUGAAUUCUGGGACACUGCCCCAGCAUUUGAAGGACGAAAGGAGAUCUGGGAUGCCUUAAAAGCAGCUGCGUAUGCUUUAGAGACUGGAGAUCAUGCUUUAGCUCAAGCCAUUGUCGAUGGGGCCAAUAUUUCACUCCCACAUGGUACACUUAUGGAUUGUUACGAUGAACUGGGAAACCGCUAUCAGCUACCAGUUUAUGUUCUCAGUGCCCCCACAAACUUGAUAGAGGAGGCAAGUGAAAGUGAUACAGGACAAGACACCGAUGCCAAUUCAUCCCCAGGCGUGGAAAUCCCAAUAAAAUUCCGUUUGUCCACUGUUAACAAAGACCUCAAGUUGCCUGUUCGGACAACAGACACUGUGUUAAAAGUAAAAAAGAGGCUUUGUGAGGAGACUGGAGUGGAUGUUGCAAACCAGCGGUGGUUCUAUUCGGGCAAACUUCUUAAUGACAAACUGCACAUCGAGGAUAUAAAAAUACUCAAAGGCUAUGUGAUUCAGGUGAUUGUGUCAGAAACAAAAGAAGAUGUCAAGAAAUGAACAGAAAGAGAGGAAAAUAGUUUAUUUUUGAUGAGGAGGAAAGUUUAUCCUCUCAUAAACAAGACUGAAAUAACGUGAGCUUUUAAUUACAGUUUGACAGUCUGUGAUGGGUUUUUUUUAAUUAUUUUUAUUUUUUUAUACUUAUACUUGUCUCACAAUAUUUUGUAAGCCUGUUGAUAUACAGCUUGUUUGUUGACCAACUUGAUUUCAGUAGUAAACAAGGAUCAUACAUUUGUUUUACAACAUAAAGUUUAUUUCUCUAUGUAGGAAAGAAACAGACACAUGUAGUGUUGUUCUUUUCAAAAAGCUGGUUGGUGCAAAUAAUGAUGCAGCCUGGUGAUAUAAACAUAGUCCCACAGGAAAGAUAUUUGAAAUGUGUAUGUGAGGUAGUCUCUAGUUGGGGGUGUACAAUCUAGAUUUUGAUAAAAAUCAUUUAAACGGUGAUAUUUGCCAAAUAGUGUGUUAAAAAAUCAUAGUCUGUGGCAUUUGUAUAUUUUUAUCUUGAAUCAUGAAUGUGAACUGAUAAACAUCAAAACAUGAAAGAAAAAAACACAAAUUGAAUAUAUUUAACACAAUGGAAUAAAUAAUACAAAAAAGAAUAAAAGCUAUGAAUUUUAACUCCCAUAUAUAUGUAUAAAAAGUAUGAGUAUUCAGCACUGUGUCCUGAAAAUCAAUCCAAGAUGACACCGUUGAAACGUUUGACAGCUUAAGCUAGCACCUGUUUAGACAAAACGAUUAAUAACGUUGUUGCUGAUUGGAUGACAUUUGACCUCUACUGGAUCUAGAAAUAGCCGGUGUAGCUAUUCUGCUCACUCCCACUUACAAGUACUUAAAAAAAAAAAAGAUGGAAACAUUUUUAUUAAUUUAAAGUCUUUUAUAAUUAUUGGAUACACUACAUUAAAUACAUUUAUAUAUUAUAAUCGGUAUAUUUUAUGCUUUUUCAAGCAUUUGUAUUUCACUUGCUUCAGACUCUGAAAGUCAACCCGACAGUGCUCCAUGCACAGGUGUUGACAGUACAAUGAUUGCAAACUCUGGGUCCUUUGUUUUAAUUUGAGUGUAAUACCUUGAUAGCUUUCUCACCAAGAAUGGUGUUAUUGUUAACGUCUGUUUAAUCUCGUGACCAGCAUAGCGGCUUUGACAAAUGUCUAGCCUAGUGGCAGUGGAUUGAUACUACUGUAGUUCCAACUUCAGUGACUGGCGAUACAUCCUUAUGGUAGACUUAAAAAUCACAGACAUCUGAAACACCGAUGUUGUUUAAUUAUUUGUUAUUAUUUUAAAUCAUGCACAAAAUACUGAUGUCUGGGCAGGCCGGUCCAGUUGAUGGAUAGGAAUUUGUUUCAAUAAUAGAAACGGACAGGUGCUUCGGACUGACAAGAAUAACACAAGUGGGACCGGCAAACACUCGUUUUUAAAAAUAUGAGGGGAAAAGGGCUUUUCCUCCUUCCUGGCACCAACCUAUAUGUGAAGUUGAAAAGUACUGAGCAGGUCAUUUUAUUUCUUACAUACAUGUAUGUUUGUAUGUAUUUGAAAAUUGCUUUCAGGUUGCACAUGUCAUCAUGUUUAGUAUAUUAUAUUAAGAGUUGAAUAAGUCUGUUUCAAGAUAACCUGGAACUACAAAAUAUGUAUCUUGGUACAGUAUGUUUACUUAAUAUUAACAGUAUCAGUCGUUGAAAUUAGAAGACAAUUCCAUUGUGUAUUGUUGGUAUGAGGUGGGGGUUGAAAUCGGACAUACAAGGGAACUAAUUCACAAAACUCUCUCAAGCAACAUAAUCUUGCAUAUCGUUUUGCAUUACACUGUAAGAUUGCUAAUUUGUGAGAAUUUAGUGAAUUAAGCCCAAUUGUGUAGCAAACUUAAUUAAACUGGUUUUUGUGUGCACCUUGACUUUAACGAACAAUACUUUUGGAUGAUUUGACGCUUACAAAUCAAUGACUUUGUCGGUACUAAAUAUGAUGUCAUUACAAUUUGGCAACCACACAAAAUGACGUCAUGUAGUUUAAAGAAUUUGC